AAGCUAAAUACAAACUAAAAUUAAAAUUCUUUGCUUUUUUCAGAAGUACCUUGCAAUUAAUUAAUGCUUAAUUAAUACUCUACUAAACAGCGAGGCUUAAGACAACCUAAAUUAAAACCAACGAAAAAACAAAAACCGAACUCUCCAAAGAAAUACCUAAACCACAACGAAAAACUCACUUUCUACUACUAACCAACCUUUGUUUCCCUUCAUCUCUCUCUCUCUCUCUCUCUCUCUCUCUCUAACAUGCAGAGACAAUCCUUAGGCUCGCCGAGCUCCAAGCUCCACUUCCACGGUGGAGAAGAGAGUUCUGUUGCUGAAAAUCAUGAGAAACGCAGAGAAAUCAUCGACGACGACGAACGCAAAGACACAAAGCCUCGCCGAUUGUCGUUUUCUCCUUCAUCGUCGCCAACGUCGUCGUUGACAUCUCCUCCUAAACCUGAGAAGUUCAUUCACCUUGUUCCUGUUAUCACUCUCCUUUGCUUCCUCAUUCUUUACCUAACUUCCCACAAUCCUUCACAAUCUGAUUUGGCUCAUUUUAAUCGAUUCAAGCAUCUCUCAAAGCAUUUAGAUUCAAAUGAAAUCAGCGACGUCGGCCGAUUUAUUGAAUCUCGGAGAGGCGAUGUUUUGGCGAUUCGAAGCCUGAGGAACUUGCAAGAACUUGAUAAAUUCGUCCCGAAGUCCCGGCUCCACCGAAAAAUAGCCGAUUUCUAAGCAGUGUUCUCUCUGUUUAUCUCUUUCACUCUUUUGCUCUCAUCCGUCGUUCUUGCUCUAUCUGACUACAAAUCCGCACGUGCCGGCCGUUGCCCAAAAUUUUUUGUUGCACGUAUAAAUUUAAAUUGCAUGUUAAUUUGUUGGCUUGUGAAGCAAAUAUAUUAGCUGGCGCUACGUGUGUGGCAGUUGUGUUGUUUAUCAUCUUUGUAUAUAAAAUUACGAAAGAAAAUAAAUUGCGAAACUUGAAAACUAUACUUUUAAAUUAAAGAAUUCAAAUUGGCUAACGUGCGCCUUUGGAGGCGUAAGUUAGUGA